AUGACAAAUUCUAAAGAUAAGUUACUGAAAAUUUUAAAAUAAGUAAAAAUGAAGAUAGUAAUUUUUAUAAAUGGAAAAAUGAAUAAGAAUGCAAUUUAUAGAAAGCUCAGAAAGACUGAAAAUGAAGAUACAAAUAUCUUAGUUUUUUAGUUUUAUAUUAAAGCUUGUUCAUUCGAUCUCCCUAUAUCAGGACCAAUAUUAAAAGAGGCGGCCUUAUCAAUGGCAAAAAAAAUUAGGUUAUAAGUGGAGAUAUAAAAUCAUCAGACCAUAUAGGCGCUACUAACUUCAUUAAAAAAUUCCCUAAUUUUUACGAAUAUUACCAAACAAGAGACAUAUUCUAUAGAAAUGAAACCUAAUUGUUUUAUCAAGUCUUGCCAAAAUGAACAUUAAUUGAAAAAUACAAAUUUACUCAGGGUAAAAAUUAUAGCAAAAAGAGAUCUACUAUUUUACUUAUUAAUGAAGCCAAUAAUAUAAAUAAGGGUGUAGCAAUCAAUUAUGUAGUGUCAUAAUUAAACUCUGAACUAUUUACUGUCAAACCAGAAAAUAAAAUUGAGGUUUUUUUAUUUUAAAUAUCAUCUUAAAAAUUAAACAGGGUAAUCUAUUUAUAUGAGCACUAAAAUAUUUCUACUUCCUUAAUUAUUAUUGCAUUUAUUGAAGAAAAUUUAAAUAAAUUUACUAAUAUUUAACUACUCAUUUGAAUAUUAUUAAAUGAAAUAUACUCAAAAAUUAAGGUAUUUAUAAAGUUUAUUUCAAAUUAAAACAAGCUAUGAUUUGUAAAUUAAAUGUCUUUGA